AUGGCGAACCACUUUCUUGAUGAUACACUUCCCGUCUGUUCAUAUCUAUCUAUCUAUCUAUCUAUCUAUCUAUCUAUCUAUCUAUCCCAGUCUGUUUAUAUCUUUCUCAUUUGUUCAUUUCUUUCUUUCUUUCUUUCUUCUUUCUUUCUAUCUAUCUAUCUAAGUUUGAUCAUUAUCUCUCUCUCUCUCUCUCUCACACAGUUUGAUCAUUAUCUAUCUAUCUAUCUAUCUAUCUAUCUAUCUAUCUAUCUAUCUCAUUUCAAGGUUACAUUUUCUUGUCUCUCAUUUUCUUCUUCUUCUUCUUCUUCUUCUUCUUCUUCUUCUUCUUCUUCUUGCUUCCUCUGCAUUGUAACGUUCUUCCCAUUCUUUUUUCUUACUCUCCGUGUUGAUGUCGACCCUAGCGUCAUUUUCUCCUUUAUCUCUCCUCUGCCUUUUCCGGUUCCCUUUUCUUUGACUAUUCGUUGCUUUCCCCUUCACCUACUCUCCUCGUCUUUGUUCCCCUCGCUUUCUUUAUACUCCCUUUUUACUUUGUCUCUCUCUCUCUCUCUGCACUUCUCCUCCGUCUACUUCUCCAUCCUUUUUUCUUUGUGUCUCUGUUGCUUCUCUCUUCCUUUCACGCCCUUUCUUUUGGUACCUCUCUCUUUUCUCUUUGUAUCUACCUUUUUUCCACGUUGUCAUACAAUUUUAUCUAUCUAUCUAUCUAUCUAUCUAUCUAUCUAUCUAUCUAUCUAUCUUAUUGUUGUUGUGUGUAUAUCUAUCUAUCUAUCUAUCUAUCUAUCUAUCUAUCUAUCUAUCUAUCUAUCUGUUGCAUUGGCAUAA